AUGCCCAUCCACAACAUCUGUCCAGACGGUGACACAACUCUCACUCUCACAACCACCAACCCCCCCACUAGACUCCUCGUCUCCUCCCGUCACCUCAUAACCGCCUCCUCCUACUACCGAGCCUUACUAACCGGUCCCUUCAGAGAAGCCACCACUCUCCGCACCCACGGUCAUGUGCAAAUAGCCCUCCCCGAUGACAACCCCACUGCCAUGAUCGCCGUAAUGAACGCAGUCCACGGACGCUUCUUCUCGGUGCCAGGGAGGAAAAUAAAACUCGAAUUACUCAAUGAUAUCGCAGUGGUCGUAGAUAAGUAUGAGUUAUUUGAGAGUGUGAGUACGAUGCUCAGUACGUGGGUUGCUACGGUGAGGGUUGGGAAUCCGAGGGCGUCGCUGAGGGAUGUGGCGAAGUGGUUGUUGUGUGUUAGUUGGGCAUUCAAUAUGAGCGAGGCGUUUCGGUUUGCGACGAAGGAGUUGGUGUUGGAUACUGGGGUUGAUGUGGAGUUGGAGGGGACGUGUGUGCCGUUGAAUGUUGGUGCGAGGAUAAUGAGGCGACGAGCGGCUCUCAUCCACACCCUACGCUCUAGGAUACAACGUUUCCGCGAUGCCGAAUACAGACAUUCAACCGUCUGCGGCACCUACUGCGACGACCUCGUGCUGGAGAAACUCGAUGAAACCCUAGAACUACUUAGUAGAGGGCCCAAGUCUGGAGUAAAGCCCCAGAUUAUCCGCAAGAUGGUCCAUGAUCUCUAUGAGCAUCGCAUGGACAGCCACCAGGUCAUUCAGAACUGCGCAAACAGGACUUGGAUAUAG